AUGGCACUCCAAGAAGCUAGCGAAGCGUACCUGGUCGGACUAUUCGAGAUACGAACUUGUGCGCGAUCCACGCUAAGCGAGUAA